AACCACCACACCAGACUGGCUCGCUUAGGAAACAAUAGCACCACAUUUUAUCUUUCAUCACAUUGAGGAGAGGGCACCAACUCCACCACUGGUUGUAAAAGUCAACAUGCAAAACAUGGACUUCAAAAUCCUCUUCAUCUUCUUCUGUGUUAUACACCAUUCCAUUUAUUGUCAAGGACGUCCUGUCAGUAAAAGGACAGUGAGCGAAGUGCAGCUCAUGCACAACCUGAGACACCACCAGCAGGUGCAGGAGCGUCGGGAGUGGCUGCAAACCAGGAUCCAGGACAUCCACAACGCUGCAGGCCGGGCCAGUAGUGGGGACACGGAGGGCUGGAGGAGAAGAUUGCAUCCUGAUGAGCUUACCGAGCUGACACCAGAGGAGAUCCAGCAAGCUUUGGACUUUCUGGAGAAGCUCCUAAAGUCAAAGCAGUAAUAAUUCAUUUAUUUUUUAUGCACAUUUUUUAUUUGACAGAUUGCUUUUACACAUUUCCAACAUCUCAGAUUUUAGCAUAAUUUAAGUCUGCUUUUGUGUUUAUUUCUUUUAUUGUUUUUAUCUAUUUUACUUUUUUCCUUAUUUAUUCAUUUUUACUUAUAUGUUUAUUUAUGAGACAGUGCCUCUGUGCGACAUAGCUUCCUUUAUAGCUGCACUUUUAUUUAAAAGUUUGUUUUUUAAAGCAAACCUUGAAGGAGUUAGUCUGAACUGGACCAACAAUGUGUUAUUCUUUUUGUAAUUAUUUUUCAAACAAAGCCCUAAUGAAGGGUUCAUUUAAAUGCUUGUUUGUUGCUUUUUUGCAUUUUUUUGUCUACUCAUUAAAUAUUUGACCUGCCAUGUGAUUGUAAAUGGCUAAAGCAUAUUUCGCCCUCUGUAGAUAGCCUGAUUUUCUGCACACUUAAAUAACAAAAUUAGUUUUUUAUUUUUAUAUACUACUCAGUGCCAUUGUAAAACAGCCUUGGGUUUAAAAGGUGAGUACACAAUGUGACGGCGUAGAAAUAAAAUAAAUCAAAAUCA